AGCUGAUGAGUGGCCAGCUAUCGAUAACCGAUAAACUUACGCUGCCAGCAAAAUUUUUGGGGCCAAGUGGAAAAUACGUGUAAUAUUUACAAUAAGCGAACCCCAAAUCAGGUAGUUCAACUAAUAUCCAAAUGGAGACCCCCACGGCCGACGAUCUGCUGCAAUUCCGCGACUAUAGCGGCGGUGCCCCGGCCCAAAUCAAUGUUAAUUCGCCGACGCACGGUGGUUCUUCCGGCGGCGGUUCCAUUGGCUCCAUUGGUGGUGGUGGUGCCAACGCACAGCGUCAACGCGGCGAUCCGCUGGCGGAUUUAAUCUACGACAUGACCACCUCAGCCCAGGGUUUUUCCGGAGGCGGCUCCCCCGGCGGAUCCCAGCCGCAGAGCUCCCCGCAGGACGGAUCUGGAGGCGGUGGGGCGCGGCUUUCAUUCCUCACCAUCGAGUACUACCAGCAGUUCUUCAACGUCGACACUUACAUGGUCCUCGAGCGGAUCGCCAACUCCAUGAUCCCAAAACGGGCGGCCGGCAACUAUCUGCGCAUGAACAUCGGCGAGAAUCCGGACCUCUAUGGUCCCUUCUGGAUCACCGUCACCCUGAUUUUCUCAAUAGCAAUUAGUGGCAACAUAGCCAGCUACUUGCACCAUGCGAACGAUGGCUACCUCUGGCACUACAACUUCCACCUGGUCUCCUAUGCGGCCACCUGCAUCUUCCUGUACGCCAACAUCUUGCCAGCCGUUCUGUGGGCCUUGUUCAAGUACAGCCUGAAGCCCGUGGAUGCGGCGGACGCCAUCGAAACGGAAAGCGCCAGCUACACCCCGAGCCUUCUGUCGCUGAUGUGCAUCUACGGAUACAGCCUGGCCAUCUAUAUACCCGUCUCCAUUCUCUGGGUGAUCAAUGUAUCGCUGCUGCAAUGGAUCUUGGUAAUCACCGCCGCCUUGCUUUCGGGCACUGUUCUUAUUGCCGUACUGACGCCUGCUCUGCGCAACUCGCAGUUCUCGCUGUUCCUCAUCAUCGGCAUCCUGAGUGCCCAUGUGGUGCUGGCCGCCGGAUUUUUGCUCUACUUCUUUCACAAUCCCCCAGAUUCGGGGCUGGCUGCAGGUGCUCCGGCACCAGCUUCGCCUGCUCCUCCGGCUGCCCUGAAAGUGACCGAGGCCAUCCUUACCGCAGCGAACGGAAACCAGUCCCACUAGAAAGCAUUCCGCGGAUGCCAGUUCGUCACCGUCGCCGUCAUUUGUUGUACAUUAAGUUGUCCUUAUAUUGUAUUCGUUAGAGGGUCAUGCUAGAACCAGAUAUGGUCCAGGAUAAAUCCAACGUAUAAUCCCCUGCCAAAACUGAUCCAAAGCAGCCCGUGUCUUGUGCUUUGUAUUGGCUUUCUAUAAAAUUUGGCGACUGUAUGUUAAUAUUAAAUUAGUGGUAGAAAUACGUGUAAAACCAAAAAAACAAGUAUCUAAAACUUUGCGCUGGGGUAGUAAAAAAUUAAAAAAAUUGUGUCGUAGAUCCAAGAAUGACAGAAGACUAUGUUAAUCAUGCCAUCAUUAAAAACUGUAAAUAUAAUCCAAUGUACUUAAA